CUGACGGUGAAAGAGUUCAAGGAGCACAUUGCCCCAUCAGUGGGUAUACCAGUGGAUAAACAGAGGCUGAUCUACCAGGGCAGAGUGCUGCAGGACGAAAGGACUCUGACAGACUACAAUGUGGGUGGAAAAGUGAUCCACCUGGUGGAGCGAGCGCCCCCUCCACCCUCACAGCCCGGCUCAGGGUCAGGAGGCUCUUCAGCUGAGAGUGGGCCAUCUUCUUCCUCCCAGGGAACAUCGCAAGUGCCUCCACACGAUCGCAACGCUAACAGCUACGUAAUGCUUGGCACAUUCAACCUCCCUGUCAACAUCAUGGAUCCCCAGCAAAUACAGGUUGGUCUGCUUUAUCUUCUCAA